CAGGUUUGAACCACAGGCACCACAGGUUUGAACUGUUUCAACGGGAGUCAUGGCAAAACGGACGGAGUAGCCACUGCGUGGCCUCGCAAUCCCAGCGACCCGACGAGCUCACAAAGCGGUGCUCGGAAGACGACCCUCCCAAAGCCGACGACGCGCACUCACCCCUGUGGACAGCGAAGAAACAUCGUCGCACUGUGACAACGGCGACUAGUGCACAGCAUUUAUUUUUUGUUGGCGUUCGUUUCAUAAAACCCGUCUAUAAGGAGCUUGUGACCACCCUGAAAGGCUUGACGAGCUAUGUGCUCGUAUUCAUGUUGGUGCCACGAGGUGGGCCUUUCGGGCAUGCCAGGGAGGAUGAGAGGCUGUCCCUAAACCGCCUACUUGUACAAAAAGGUGUUGCCCUCGGCGUUACCAUAGUGAAUGUCGACCGACCACCUGUUCCUCAACCGAGGCAACAUUGUCAACCUCGACAAGCUGGCUACCGACCAGUACAACGUGUGCCUUGUCCGCGGCAUCCAGCGCCUUGCAUUUGCGCUCGGCAAGGCACUCGCAAAACUUUAUGUCUGGAAUUCCUCAUGACCUCGACUUUAACUAAGCUCCCCUUCGUUCACGUCUCCGGUCUCCGCUGAAGAUAAGCGCCACACAGCGGAAUGCGGAGAGAAAAGCCAGCAGGCGUC